GGCUGAUCUUCUCCGACGAAGAACUGCUUUUGCUUUUAAAGUGUGAAUUUUUACUGGAGGAGGAAACAUGAGGUUUUAAUGCUUGGAAAAUGUCGAGAGGAGGUCUGGAGAUGGAGAUGCGUUCACUUGCUCUGACUCCUACUUGGUCCGUCUCAACUGUGCUAACCAUCUUUGUUUUUCUCUCCCUGCUCGUGGAGCGAUCUAUCCAUUGGUUAAGCUCUUGGUUGAAGAAGACCCACAGAAAUCCACUAUUUGAAGCCUUAGAGAAAAUGAAAGAAGAAUUGAUGCUACUGGGAUUUUUAUCACUUUUGCUGACGGCCACUUCAAGAACAGUUUCAAGCAUUUGUAUUGACUCGAUGUUUUAUAAUAGCAAAUUCUCACCUUGUAAAGAUUCGGAGGUAGAAGGCACUACGGAUGUCGAAAACAUAUCAUCUCAUGUGGACAGGAAACUUAUGGAUUUAGCUCUUCAUCAUUUUGGAAGGAAAAUUAUGAGCAAUUCUGGAAGUAUAUGUCAAGAGGGGCACGAGCCUUUUGUUUCGUAUGAGGGUUUGGAGCAACUCCACCGGUUUAUAUUCGUUAUGGCUAUAACGCAUGUGUCCUAUAGUUGCUUAACUAUGUUACUUGCCAUAGUGAAGAUUCAUACUUGGAGGAAAUGGGAAGAAGAGGCUCAUAGGGAUCAUUAUGAUUCACAUGGUGAAAUCACAAGGGCAUUAACAAUACCAUUAACAAUGCGACGACAGUCAUCAUUUGUGAAGGCUCAUACUUAUAAAACUUGGAGCAGAAACAGUUUUGUUAUUUGGGUGACUUGUUUUUUUCGCCAAUUCGGUCGAUCUGUGGUGCGGGCUGAUUACCUUAUACUGCGCAGAGGUUUUAUUACGAACCACAAUCUUACACCAAGAUAUGAUUUCCAUAGCUAUAUGGUUCGCUCCAUGGAGGAAGAAUUCAAGAUGAUUGUUGGUGUUAGUGUGCCUUUGUGGGGAUUUGUAGUUGCUUUCAUGUUGUUUAAUGUAAAUGGUUUGUGCAAACUAUUUACCUCUCCCUUAUUACAUAAUUAUUCAGAGACUUAUUUAUGUCAUUUAAAGUUUUUGUCUUUUCUUUUUUUCUUUUUUACACUUAACACUGUGUCGGCCGCUCACCUCGUUGGUGAACAUAUUACAGUCUUAUGGGCUGCAAGGAGCCAUUCAGUGCGGUGUUUGGAAAGUUAA